GAUCGAAUUCUAUGUUGGAAUGGAGGACGUCUGUGGAGUUGAUGCCGUUGCAGGGUUAUUGUAAAUAAUAAAAGAAAUCUUCCCAGUUUUGCUGAUUUCUAAAAUAAGUAUGUGACAAGAUCUAACUGAUUCAAUCUCAGAUAUGGAUCCAUGGCAGAUUACUGCAAUAGUUUUUAUUUGUGCUUUUGUGGUUUCAAUUCUAUUGCAUUUUUUCCUGCUAUGUAGAAAAUUAAGAAUUAAUCAAGAAAGCAAACCCCUGAUUAACAGCUCAGAACGGCAACCCCUGAUUGAAAGUUCAGAUGAUACAGAGAAUCACACAGAUACAGAUUAUCUAAGUGUGAAGUGUUCAUAUCUGAAAGAAGAUGAUAAAUGUACAAAUACGAAGUGUUUAAAGAUAAAACAAGAAUCAAUUAAAAUUGUGAAUGAAGUAGAGGAAAAGGGAAUCGUUCUUGACUCAGUGUGGGAGUCAUAUCUGGAAAAUGAAGCUGAUAUAAUCCUGCCCAAAGCACAACACCUUGAGAUUUCAGAGUCUGCAGAUUCAUUACAUGUUAGGUUGCCACAAAAUAUACAAGGACAAGACAACUGGCCCUGCAUUACAGGCACUGCCUUGUCACCUGAAAGGAGUCACUACUGGGAGGUGGAAGUUGGUGAGAAAAGCAGCUGGGCGAUUGGAGUGGCAUCUGGGAGCAAAAAAGAGAGCAUAUGCAUUCCUGAUACUCCAGAAGGUGGAUUUUGGAUCAUUCAGCUAUGUAAGGGAAAGAGUCUUGAAGCUGUCUCCAGUAAAGUCAUUAAACUUCAAAAAGAAAAACCCAGGAAAGUGGGAGUGUACUUGAAUAGGAAUUACCUGUCCUUUUACAACGCAGAAAACAAACAACGCAUUCAAAGAUUUGAGAUUAAACAGUAUGAAAAAUUAUAUCCUGUUUUCAGUCCAGGAUUACAUGACAGAGGUCCUCUGAUCAUCAAAAAAAAAAAGAGCAUUACACAGAGUUGAGUAACUUAUGAUCUGUGCCUUUGUUUCAAAUAUUAAAAUGAACCUCAGGUGUCAGGGCAUCGCAGGACCCACACUUGUAAUCACUCACCACUGUGGAACUGCUAAUUAACUAAAACACAUAUAUUUUGUAAACACCAGAAAAAACAUAAAAUCCCAAAGGAAGGGCAAGUAGACACGAAAAGAACAUGCAGGCUCCACACACACAAUGAUUAGACAUACGUAGUUUCCAAAGCAAGGAUGCUAAAUCUGUGAGCCAAAAUGUUAUUGCCCUGUUUCAGAUAUGGUCUUUAAUAUUUUUUUAUUAUGACAUUAAGUCUAUCAAAGUAGCUUUUUAUUAGCCAAACAGUUAUUUUUAUGUAAACUAAAUCUAACAAGGUUAGAUAUUUAAUGUUUUUUUUUGUAACAUCUGUAGUAAUAAUGUACAGUUUAAGCAGAUUUGCUGCCUGCAAUAUUUAUGGAUAUGAGAUGAAUUUAAAAAAUAUUUGACAAAUAGUAAUGCAGAGUAAGUAGUUUUGAAUAUAAUUAUUAAUAUUUAUCUGCACAUAGAUAGAUACAUGUGUAUGUCAAUGUAAAUUCUGAAAUCUCCCUAUGUAGUCUUAAGUCUAUAUAAGAAUAAGAGUGUUCUCUAAAAAUAAUUUGAACAAAAUUAAAUUAAAAUUAGUAUUUAGUAUUUGGUAUAAUUGAACAUUUUAGACUAUAUUGCAUGUUUCAACUAAUAAGAUUGGUUUAAGUUUCUGUAGGCAUUGCUUGCAAUUUAUUUCAUCUACUAUAGUAAUUUCUCCCUACACUCAGUGUAUUAAGUUGUCGUUGUUAUUCAUAAAUAUCUGUUUGUUGUUACUAUGUGCCAUAAAUACAGGGCCCUAUGUUAACUUGUAUAUAGAUAUUGUUUUUCAUUUUACUGUUCCAGUUUAUCCCUGCCUACAUUUGCUUUUGAAAUAAAGAAAUAAAAUACUAUUAGAUAGUUCAGACAUUGACAUUGGUCAAUUACCUUGACAACUCUGCUUGUUAUUAAUUUCAACUAAACCCAAUGAGUUUAGAUUAUAUGAAAAAAAUCUUAUUUUAUACUGCAUUCUGAGACAAGUUAUAUACAUAACCAUACAAUGAAUUUAAUUUGGUCGCUUCAGAGAUCAUCAUGACAUUUUCAACCAUCAGUUAGCAGAUUUUAACUGUACUUAUUCCAGAACAUUUCUAUAUACUGUACAUCAGUAAAUCUUUCUUUAAUAUGUUAGACUCAUUAUAGCAUCAUUUAUCUGGAAAUCAGAACAGCCAUACAUCAAAAAUGUGACCUUAUAGAGAUCCAAAGCACAAAGUGGCCUGGCACUAUCUAAGUUUCAGUUUUGCUACUGUGCUGCUGUUAUUCACAUAAUAACAUGUUGUAAAUUGGCAGAAAUUUAAAAAAUCUAUGCUGGCUUUAUUUGCAAUUGAAAACAAAUCUUAUGUCACAUUUUCUUUGUAUGCUUUGCUCUGUGCUGCAGUUGACAUAAAAUACCUCCAAUAGUGAACAACUCAGUCACCCAGUAAUUACUAAAAAUGCAAAGCUAAUUUAGGACACAUUUUGGGGCAGAGAAGCUCUAAUCUGAUAAGUGCCUUUAUCAACCCUUUCUAACAUACUCAAUAUUUAAUUUAUGGAAAAUGUUUGGGAUUGAGACAGUGUACAAAUCUGCACAUUAACAAUGUAUUUACAUCUUUUCGACAAUUAAACACCAAACUUAAUAUUUCAGCUGCAUGUAUUGUUUUUCCUAUAUACAAAUUCAAAACUUUAUUAAAGUCAGUCUGCUUAUUUUUCUGUAUCUCUCACCCAUAUUUGUUCCUGAGGUGAUACUGGCUAGAAUGGAUGAAGAGCCAGACAACAACUCUAAGGAAAAAAAAAAGUUUAUUCAUUUUAAAGCAUUUGUACUGUUUUUGAAAUAUCUAUAUGAGCUUUAGGUAGUUUUAUGUGAGACCUCAGGAAACAUUUAUAUGUUAAAGCACUUUAUAGUACAUUUUCUAUUACAAACUGUAAAUAUAUUUGCUAUUUUAUACCUAGUAAUUCGACCACUAAUUAUUCAAUGAUUUCAUGUUGAUCUUUCUCAAUGCCUACUACAUGUUAAUAUGAUAUGUGAAUCAUAUGAGUGAUUUAAGUGAUUUUAAAAUUGUAAAUUAUAAAGUAGUUAAUUAUUGUGUUUAAUUUUUAAAAUAUAAAAUAGAAAAAAUAUGAGUUGAAAUCUUUUAAAUUGCAUGAAUUCAGUAUUUUUUAUAGAGGACUGUAUCCAUAACAAAUUACUGAAUGAUGCCAAUUUCAUUUUCAUUUUGUAUCAUGCAAAAUGUUGUUUUGUAAGAUAUACUACAGUAAUAAUUAAAUUAUAAAUUACUCA